CUGGGGUGGUCGGUGCUGCGUGCGCCAGAUUGAUCCCAAGCCUCCUGAUUCACCCAAAGUUUCGUCAUCUCACAAUACACCAUUCCUUCUGCGUUUUUAUCACCAUUGAGGAGCCUUGUUGCUCCUCUCGUAUUUCCGUUAUUAUACUUUUCACGCAGUGAAUUUUCCGUCCUCCGACACCAUGUAUUCUAAUUCAAACUCGUUCAUGGGCGGCGGCAACAGCCUGCGACCCGGUGCUCAACAGUAUGGCAAUUCGUUCGGCAUGGGGCCCGGAGGUCCAGGUCAACAGCAGCAGCAGCAGCAGCAGCAGCCGAGUCCAUUUGCACCGCAGCCCACAGGCUUCGGACAAGCGCCACUGAAUCAACAGUACACGGGCUUCCCAGGCGGCCAAGGCAUGAUGCAACAGCAACCGACCGGAAUGCCUCAACAGCAGCAGGGUCUACAACCGCAAUUCACCGGGUUUCCGGGCCAGCCUCCACAGCAGCAGAGCUUCCAGACUGGCGCUCCGCCCAUGCCGCAGAUUCCCCAGCAGUUCCAGCAGCAGUUCAAUCAGCAGCAGCAACAACAGCAACCACAGCAGAACUCCUUCUCUCUGCCGACCGCGACUCAAACCCCCCCCACCAUCCCGCCGCCUCCCCCAGCCAAACCGAUGACGGCCCAGCCAACGGGCUUCAGUGCCAUGGCAGCUUCGUUCAGAACCGGCGGUGCGCAGAGCCAACCCACGGGCCGAAGAGCUGGCAAGAAAGCGAACAAGAUCCCUAACAUACGCUUAUCUUUCAUCACUGCACAGGAUCAGGCAAAGUUUGAGACCCUCUUCACGUCGGCGGUUGGCGACGGUCAGACAACUAUGUCCGGAGAGAAGGCACGGGAUCUCCUGCUUAGGUCUCGGCUGGACGGGGACUCCUUGUCGCACAUUUGGACCCUCGCUGAUACGACACGCGCUGGAGAGCUACACUUCCCCGAAUUUGCGUUGGCUAUGUAUCUUUGCAAUUUGAAGAUGGUCGGCAAGACACUCCCGCCCAGCCUCCCAGACAACAUCAAGAACGAGGUAUCAAGUAUGGUAGAUAUAAUCAACUUUAGUAUUGCCGAGGAAGCUGGUGGUUCCGGAGCUGGAGCUACCAAUGCGCCUGAUUUCAUCGGUCAGAACACGGCACCUAUGCCGACCAUACAGCAACCACAGCCGCAGGCGUCAAACUCCCAGAUUCUUCAGUCUCAGAUGACGGGCUAUCCAGGCCAGCCUCAGGGCAUGCAACCGCAACAAACGGGGUUCCCCGGUAUGAAUAAUCCCCAGCCUACGGGUUACAGCGGGCCAAUGCCUCCCAUGCCCCCUAUGCCAACCGGAUUUCCCGGUGGCUUGUCAGCGCCGAGCGCGGCUCCCUUGAAUGCACAGCCAACUGGCAUGCCCGGCCAAUGGGGCCUGGUUAACACGCCUGCUAGUGGUCUUCCAAACAUUGAUGCUUUGCAAGCUCGGAUGAUGCCGCAACAAGGCCGCGAGCAACAGAGCUACACCACGGCUGGUCUGUCGGGAAAUGCCGUCAUUCCGUGGGCCAUCACCAAAGACGAAAAGCGGCGGUACGAUGACUUGUUCCGGGCAUGGGAUGGUCUCGGCAAGGGUUACAUCGGCGGCGACCAAGCUAUCGAGAUCAUGGGCCAGAGUGGACUCGAGAAGACAGACCUCGAGCGCGUCUGGACCCUUGCCGACCACGGUAACAAAGGACGACUCGACCUCGACGAGUUCGCCGUGGCAAUGCAUCUUAUCUACCGAAAACUCAAUGGAUACCCUGUCCCGAACCAACUUCCACCUGAGUUGGUUCCUCCCUCUACCCGUAACUUCAAUGAAUCUUUGGGGACUAUCAAGUCCAUGCUGAGUCAGGAAUCUGAUUACCGCAAGAACUCGGGCGCUGCAUUGCUUCCUCAGAAGACUGGAGUUAGUUACUUGAAGAGCCAUUCACUCCGGGGUAAUACUAGUGGCUUUGGUGGUGGACGUAAAGACGCGACCGUCUUCAAGAACAAUGAUGAUGACAUUGGUUAUAAGUCGAGCGCCCGCCGACGAAUUGGCGCAGGCUCACCUCGGCCAGAGUCUCCUGCCUCGUCCGUGACAUCCAAUGACGAUCUUACGCUAGAUCAGCUGAGAAAGAAGAUCCGUGAGAAGCAAGUUCUCUUGGACGCCAUGGACUUCAAAGACGAAGCUGCUGCCGAAGAGGAUGGCAUUCUUGAUAGACGUGAUCGGCGCGAGGCCGAAGAGCUCUACCGGCGCAUCAGGCGCAUCCAAGACGACCUCGACGCGCAUCCUGACGCUGCUCUAGCCGGCGGCAACUCGGAUGCGGAGAGAAGAGCUCUUAAGCGCCAACUGCAAAACCUCACCGACAAGAUCCCUGAGCUGGCAUCGCAGGUUCGCAAGACUGAGAAGGCGAUUGCGGAUGCCAGACUUGAAUUGUUCCGCUUGAAAGAUGCCAAAGCUCACCCUGGCAGCGCCUCAACCAUUGUUGGAACUGGCCCUGGCGGGUCCAUCACCGAGUCUGACCGCCUCAAGGCGAGAGCCAAGGCCAUGAUGCAGCAGCGAACAGCGGCCCUCACCGGCAAGAAGAUUGACGUGGGUGGUGAUGAUUUCGACGUACCUAAGCGUCUGGAAGAAGAGAACAUCAAGAUCAGAACUGAGAAGGAAAACAACGAACGCAUGGUUCGUGAUGUUGAAGAUAGUGUUCGUGACUUUGCACAAGGCAUCGAGGAUAAUCUCAAGGAUGGUGCGCAGACUUCUACCAAUGAGCAUGAGAAGCGCCGUUGGGAAGAUGCCCUCGGUGUCGAGGAUGAAGUUCGGGACUUCAUCUUUGACCUGCAGCGGUCCAGUAGGUCUGCACGAAUGCGAGCUCAAGAUCGUAGCGGUGGCCACAAGGCAACGACUGAGCCUGUCAAGGCAGAAGCGCCACCGCGAUCCGACGGUCCAGCAUCGACCUCUCGUACUGCCACUCCUCCGGCUCCUGCGGCCUCCGGCGGUGGCUCUUAUGCGUCGUACAAGACGCCAGAGGAGCGUGCCGCCUUCAUCAAGCAGCAAGCGGAACAGCGUAUGGCGGAGCGUCUCGCAGCUCUGGGAAUUAAGGCGCCAACGAAGCCUGGCGAGUCUACCGCCCAACGAAUGGAACGUGAGAGGGCAGAGCGGGCGGCCAAGUUACGCCAAGCCGAAGAGGAAGAUGCUCGGCGUGAAGCUGAGCGACAAGCAAGGAUAGCUGAAGAGCAAGGCAUCCCUGCUCCUGCCCCGAAGUCUGAACACAAGAAGCCGCCACCUCCACCCUCCAGAAAGACGGUGAAGCAUGACGACUCAGCCAAGAAGGCUUCAGAAGAGCGCGUUGCCAAGGAACACGAGGAACUACAGCACGAAACGCGGGAGUUAGAGGAAAGCGCCCGUCAACAAGAGGAUGAGCUGGCUAAGGAGCGCGAGGCAGCUACCGCCCGACUGAAGGCGCUUGAAGACCAAGUCAAGCAAGGUAAACUUAAGAAGGAAGAGGAGAAGAAGAGAAAGAAAGCGGCCAUGGCUGAAGCUCGGGAGAAGGAAGCCAAGCUUGCGGCCCAGCGAGCCGAGAUUGAAGCGGCGCGCCAGCGUGAACUUGAACUGCAGCGACAACUCGAAGCCAUGGACGAUGACUCUUCAUCGGACGACGACGAAGGCCCGUCACAAAUUACACCACAGGCAUCGACGCCGACUCACGGUGGCAGCCAACUAGGGAGUCAGGAACUGGACCGCAAGUCCACGCCCCCUCCGGCGCCUGCUCCUACCACAGUUGUGACUAGUCCUCCGUCAGAUACGGAGAGCCGGAACCCCUACUUCCGCAUGAUGUCAUCUUCAGAGUCACCAGCAGCGUCCUCAACCUCGGCACCUUCAGCCCCUGCCCCUCCGGCUCCUCCAGCGCCAGCACCAGCUGAGGUGUCUACGAAUCCAUUCCACCGAAUGACACAAGAGCCCAAGGCGGCUGCACCAAUUGUGCCUCAGCCCACGGGACCCAUUUCCCGAAAGCGCCCUGAUGACACGGAUGACGAAUGGGGUUCAGGCAACGAAGAUUCGGACGAUGACUCGGAUGAUGAUCGUCCAGCUGCCGGCGCCGCCCAACUUGCUUCGCUGCUCUUUGGGUCUAUGGGUCCGCCUCGGCCCCUGUCUGCCACUGGCACGAAGUCCGAGGCAACUCCACCAGCUUUUGCCUCUCCUCCGCCUCCAGCCGCUGCUAGUCCACAAAUACCGUCUGCCCCAUUCGCGUUUGAAGGAGAGGCGCCAGUAGAUUCGCCAGCUGCACCACCUGCCCCGCCUCCGCCACCUCCGCCAAUGCCCGAGUCGUCGCCGUCUGCUCCGCCCCCACCGCCUCCUAUGCUUGCGAGUGCUGAUAACGCUGCCCCUGCGGCUCCACCACCACCUCCACCCCCUCCUGGUAUGGUGCCUCCCCCACCGCCUCCGCCUCCAGCUACGGGUGCGCUGCCAGCCGCCCCGCCCGGUGGAAGACCUUCGGGACUCCUGGGCGAGAUUCAGAUGGGUAGGGCAUUGAAGAAGACGAUCACCAAAGACAAGAGCACCGCAGCCGUUGCGGGACGGGUAUUGGAUUAG